UCUGGGCCUCGGGCUUCUCACUAUUGGAAGACAGGAAGGAUACUUGAUAUUCAGUCUUGAGUCCAACUUUAAGCCCCGUGUGCACUGUUUUGUGGAGGCCUGACACUGGGCGGGAGUCCUUAACGUCUGUAGACAGACGGCCAGCUGAGGGGCUGUGAGGACCUGCCAAGAUGGCCCAGACCAGAUGUUAGAUGGGGCCUGGCUUUCUGGGAAAGGGCAGCGCUGCAGGCUCUGACCUGUCUCUGUGGAACCUGCUCUGUGGAUGAAGGGCGCACCCGAGACCAGGAGGAGUUAAGAAGUCAGGAUGGUAAUUUCCUUCCAUCUGAGGGAACAGGACUGAUCCUUUUCAAGCGGCAAACUACUACUGUUCCGCACUGUCUUCUAACCCUCAGCCUCAUCUUCCUUAAAUAUUUGACCACUCUUUCAGGGAGGAUGGUGGAGCUUCCUGGAUACAGCCUGUCUGGUGUGUUUGCCUCCUUCUUCUUUAUACUUCUCAGCACGAAGCAAUCAGAUGACUUUAGAGUGACAGGUUCUGCCCAUCCUAUCCUGGCCAUGGUGGGAGAAGAUGCCCAGCUCACCUGUCAGCUCCUUCCCAGGAGGACCGCAAUGGACAUGGAGGUGAGGUGGUACCGCUCGGAGCCCAGCACUCCUGUGUUUUUGUAUCCGGGUGGAGAUGAGAUAACGGAGAUACAGAUGGAGGAGUACAGAGGCCGGGUAGAGUGGAUAGAAGAUGGCAUCACUGAGGGAAGCGUGGCUCUGAAGAUUCACAGCCUCCGGCCAUCCGAUCACGGGCAGUACUGGUGCCGUUUCAAAGACAACAACUACCUUGCAGAAACAAGCCUGCUGCUCCAAGUAGCCAGUCUGGGGUCUGACCCUUACAUCCACAUGGGCGGAUCUGUGGAAAGUGGACUCCAGCUUGUAUGCACUGCAAAGGGCUGGUUCCCGGAGCCUCAGAUUUCCUGGCAAGACAUCAAGGGAGAAAAAUUGCUGACUUUCUCUAAUCAUAACUUCCAAGAUGAAGAUGGCUUGUUCUAUGUAGAAAGCACUCUUGUGGUCAGGGAUGCCUCUACAGAGACUGUGUCCUGCUUCAUCCACAACCCUUCACUCGCCGAGGAGAAAGGCUCAGAUGUCUCCAUCCCAGUUUCAGUUUGUAAUUCGGAAAAGGCAAUGGCAACCCACUCCAGUACUCUUGCCUGGAAAAUCCCAUGGAUGGAGGAGCCUGAAAAACUCCAAACAGAGAUGGCUUCCUUAAAAGUGAUUGGACCUUCUCAGCCCAUCCUUGUUAGAGUGGGAGAAGACAUACAGUUAACCUGCUCCUUGGCUCCGAAUACUGAUGCACAGAAGAUGGAGGUGCGGUGGGUCCGAUCCCACCGUUAUCCUGCUGUUUACGUCUAUAUGGAUGGGGCCCGUGUGGCUGGAGAGCAGAUGGAAGAGUAUCGGGGGAGAACUGCAUUGCUGAGUGAUGCUAUGAGUGAGGGGAGGCUGACCCUGCAGAUAAAUGAUGCCAGGAUUUCAGAUGAUGGGAAGUACUGGUGCCUUUUUGAAAAAGAUGGAGUCUACCAGGAGGCCGAUUUGGAUCUGAAGAUUGUAGGUCUGGGUUCUUCACCUAAGAUCUCCAUGGAGGGACUGAAGGAUGGAGAAGUAAUGCUAAAGUGCACUUCAGAAGGCUGGUUCCCACAGCCCCAUGUGCAAUGGAGGGACACGGAAGGAAACACAAUACCAUCCUUUUCCCAGGACCUGACUCAGGGCAGCCAGGGGCUAUUCCAAGUGGAGGCAAUUCUACUGGUCACAAACAGCUCUGUUGUGAAUGUGACCUGCUCCAUCAGCAGCCCCCUUCUAGGCGAGGAGAAAAACACAACUUUUUCUACUUCAGAGUCCGGGAUGAUUUAUUCAUGGAAGAGACUGCUGAUUUGGGGAUUGCUUCUUCUUCUUCUUCUUGGAGUUAUAGGCUUGAUCUGGAGGAAAAGCUGUGGAAAAGUUCAUGUUGGCAACUCACAGAAGCUCCCUCCGAUUGUCCUCAGGGCACUCAGGCCCGGACCCUACCCCAAGCAAUGCCGCCUAAGAGCUCCCGGGACGGAUCUCCGUCCUUAGCUCUUUUGUCUCACUUUUUAUCUUUUAUAUUUUGUCCUACCUCCUUUCGAAGACAAUGGGCUGCUUUUCUGGGCGCCUGAUGACCUCAGCUAGCGAUCAGAAGUUGUUUUGUGAAGUUUGCUCUGCGUUCAGUUAUUCUUUUGAUGAAUUUGUAGGAGAGAAAGUGGUCUCCCCGUCCUACUCCUCCGCCAUCUUGGCUCCUCCCCUGCAUGCCUCCUGCAAGAAUUUGACCACCUCCUUCGCAAGCUAGGACGGGAGGGGCUCGUCUUAGGAGGUUGGUACUGAGAGGUGGAAGUUAGGGAUAGGACAGAAUAGGCCUUGACUGUUGCCAAGGACAGUGUCCGGAAGAAGUCAUCUUUAUAUUAUCUGAGAAUGAGUUGGGGCAAUGGGUUGCUAUGGAUAUGAGGACUGGGCCAUUUCCUCUCCUGUAAGCCUCCUGCCUGAAGAUGUCUCUAGGGCAAGUUAGAAUCUCCCUUGACUACACCUCUGGAGGUCUCUCCUUUUAUAACUUGAACAAGUGCCCUAUUUAUGGUGCAUGAGUGCUCAGUUGUAAAUUUUAGUACUGUGCCACCUGGGAAGCCUUAUCUAUACUUUCUCCCAAUUUUCUUAUCUGAAAUUCUGCACCCCCUGCUUUCUUUGGUCUCCUAGUGUGGAUCCUUCUGACAUCUUUCCUGCACCCAAAGAAGUCUCAGCAACACCUCCAAUUACCCUGGAUUCUGGGAACCAGGGUUAUAUUCUAAGUCCCAGUUCUUUUCUUUUUUCACCAACUACUAGAAGGGGACUCACACACUCACUCACUUAUCUAAUCAAGAGGAUUCCACCUUACUCUGGUGUCAUGUCUGACCUGGAGAUUUAUCCUUUCUGUGAGCUGUCAUAGCCCAAGCUCUCUAAUAUCCUGCCUGCUGAUCACAAUCUGAUAUCUGAUAACAAAAGACCUUUAGAAAAUCCAAUGGAAAAUGCAACUUAGCCUAGAGGAGGAAGUGCAGGGAACAAUCAAAUAUUUGAUUUGCGUCCCUAGAAAGGUAACAAUUAUCCCAAUGGGACUGAGAAAACAAAAAGAUACAGUUAAAAUAAGGAAGAGAAAAUAGAGAUAAAUGUAAGGAGAAAAAUCUGAUCACUAAGAUAUAACCUUAAAAAUCCCAUAGAGUGUGUAAUUUCUGCAUCACACUUUUUCAGUAAGUUAAUUGAGAGUGUGGAAUGAGGAAAUUUUUCAGAAAUACUAGACCAAGAAGAAAAUGUGUUACAUGUCAUGUAUAUGAAAAUGUCAAUUUUAGUUUUACAGUGCAAAAGCACACAAUUUAAAAUGAAUACUUAUAAAAGAAACAGAAGCAAUAUGUACAACACAAGCAAUAAAAUUCAAUGGAAAUAAAAAGUAUUUUAAAUCACAGUGAAUUAAAGAAGAGAAGCCACACAUGGGAGAAGUAGAAUGUGAAAAAGUAAAGAUUUGGAAAAAGUCUUAAAAUCUUCUGAAGUGAGAAUGAAGGACACCUGCAAACGACAGACUGCCGCUUUCUAAGAAGGCAGACAGCACGGUUUUCACUGUCCUUUGAAGACUAUUCAUCUGUGGCAUUCUGGAAUUUUCUCUUUUGGAUCAUGUUAUUUUUUCUUCUAUAUUUAAACUCAUUUAUGUUUGAAGUUAUGUACUGAAAUAUUAUAGUAUGUAAUAUUAUUCUUUCACAAAUAUUUUCACAUUUAUUUAGUUUUUAAAUUUUUCCAACUGUCGUAAAAUACACAUAAAAUUCAUCAUUUUAAUCAUUUUAGAGUGUCUAAUUCUUGUUGUUGUUUAAACUAAAAGAGAACCAAAAACCAUAAACAGUUUCAGGGCUUUAUUCAGACUCUGAUUUUACAGUCUCUUGAAGAGAGAAAUAGCAAUGGCAGAAUGCAAAACGGGAAAGAUGCUAUUACUAACAUAAGAAAGAUAUGUAAUUGCUGAAAUGAUGUCUCAAAUCUGAAUUCAAUUAAAAUUAGAAAGAAUGUAAUCAAAUUGUAUUUAAUUUUCCUAGCCAUUAAAGUUUUGUUUAAGGAAAAGAAUAAAGUGUCCAAGACAUCAGUAUUUUUUCUAUUCACAAUAUGUGCAACCAUCAUUAGUAUUCAGUUCUAGAAUAUUUUGAUCCAAAAGGAAACUCCAUCACCAUUAAGCAGUCAUACCCAUUAUUACCUCCCUCCAGCCUCUGUCUACCUUGUUUCUAUAAAUUUGCCUAUACUGGGUAUUUCACAUAAACAGAAUCAUAAAAUACUGUGCACAGAAUUUUUGUGUGUCUGUAUUUUUCCUUUUUUACUUAGUGUAAUGUUUUCAAAGUUAAUCCAUGUUGUCAAAUAUUCCAGUACUUCAUUCCUCCUUUUUUUUCACUAAAAGAUUUUAUUUUUUAAGAGUUAUUUUCCCCAGGUUUACAGCAAAAUUGAGUGGAAAAUCCAGAGUAUUCCCAUAUCCCUCCCCUCUCACCCUUUAGUAUCCUCUAUUAUUAACAAUUUGCAUUGGUGUGGUGCAUAUAUUACAAUGCAUGAACCGAAAUUGAUACAAUACUUUCAAUUAAAGUCUAGGAUUUGUUUAUGCGUGAUAUAUACGUACAUACAUACAUGAACACACACACACACACACACACACACACGUAUGUGUGUAUAUAUAUAUAUAUAUGACAACAGUAAAAUAUCCCAACUGAGCCCAUUGUCCUUCCUGUUCCAUGCACACUUUCAGUAUUAUUGUACUCGUUCUGUUGCUACCCCCACAUAUCUUCAUCCACCACGUCCAUUUGAUUGUGCCUAUUAAUAUAUUCCCCACCUUUCCUUUGCCUCUGUCUUGCUUGUUAUUUAAGCCCUUCUUUUUUUGUAAGUAAAGUUAAUAUUCUGGGCUCUGGAUUUAUUCUUCUUAGAUUCAAAUACUGACUGCCACUUAGCGGCUGUGUGUUAGGGAAGUUUUGCUAUGGAGGUGUGUCUUCCAAGAGGGACUGUUCGAGGGACUUGCCACUUAAAGAUCUGCUCUAAGGGCAGAAAAAUUUAAGGGGUCUAAGUUGAUCUCUUCUACUGUCAGAAAAAGAAGGUUCAUUUCAUAGGAGAAGCUCGUAUUUUAUAUUCUUAGAGAAGUAAACUUUGUAAUAAAUGGCUGGAGAAGGCUUAGACUUAUUAAAGGCAAAGGGAAAAUCCUCACAAGUAGGAAGAACUGGGUCAGAAAGAAAAAAAAAAAAGCCAGUAUUAACAAUAACUUUUUCUUCAUGAAGGCUGAGGCUGUUUCUUCAUUCCUUUGACAAUUUUUUUUCUCUGAAAAUACAAAUUGCAACAUUGGUUUUUUUUUUUAUUCACAUACAAUUCUGAACUUGCUGAUCAGUAAGAACUUGUUUAAAAGAGGGGAGAGGGGCUCCUCCUUCCCAGAAGGCUUGGUCUCCUGUUGAAAUAGUUUUAUAGCUAUUUAUUAGUCUUCUCCACACCUUGACAAAGUCCAGGUUUAGAAGCUGAUGGACACUAAAGCCUGAAAAAAGGACAAGCUGAGGCAUUAACCUAUAAAAGACUUGAGAUUCCUUUGUACAUCUCCAACAGUAGUAUUCAGCUGGUACCCUUCCCUUUAAACAUCACUCCCAACUCCAGGCUUCCCAGGUGGCUCACUGGUGAAGAAUCUGCCAGCCAAUGCAGAAGAUGCAGGAGACGUUCAGUUUGAUCCCUGGGUCAGAAAGGUCCCCUGGAGAAGGGAAUGGCAACUCCAGUAUUCUUGCCUGGGAAAU